UUGAACCAUAUCUCCUUCUGAUUAAUAUAAUAUAAUCUUCAUGAAUAAAUGCGGAGAGAAGAUGAAUUAUUGAAUGUAUUUUCCAGAUUAAAAAAAAAAAGGAGAGAAAUCGGAAUGAAUCUUUGUCUCCUUCCGUUCAUUCCUUACUCGAAAUGGUGAUAUGGUUUAAUGAACACAUUCAUUCCAGACCACAGUCUCCUCCUCCUCCUCUGUCUCCCAUCCUUUUUCGGUCAUCACUGUCCCGGCCAUAAUCGGAAAGGAGGAAGAUCUCGUUUCCUCUUCUGGGGGCAAACCAUGAAGCAAUUCUUGAAACUAUGGUCGCUGAACAAGCAGAACCAGUGGAUACUGAAAUUCGGAAUCUCGGUCCUCGUGGUGGGUCUUGCUUUCCACCUCCUCUUCAAUCAAUCCACCAGAUUUGAUCCUGAAUUGGAGGCAGCUUCUUCUUCUUCUUCUUCCUACAUUACUGCUAGGACUUAUUUGCCGGUGUCACCUGCUUCGCUGGUUUCCCCUCCACCUGAUUUGCUGGUGUCCCCUCCACCAGUUGAAAUGUUGGAGACGCCGUCAGAUGUCGCCGUAGAUUAUUUGCCGGGCCCGCCGCCGGCUCCACAGCCUUCUUCUUCUUCUUCUGCUGCCGCUGCUGCUGAAGUUUCCAAUUCAACUAUGUCUGUGGAUGGACGGCCGGAUCCAGAUGAGAAUGAGGCGCCUGAUGAUGGAAAAUGCAAUCUGCUUGUUGGUGAUUGGGUUCCUGAACCAUCUGGUCCAAUGUACACAAAUGCUACCUGCCGCUUGAUGGAUGGGCACCAGAACUGUAUGAAGAAUGGACGCCCUGAUUCUGGUUAUCUGUAUUGGAAGUGGAAACCCCGCCGCUGUGAGUUACCUGCGUUUGAUGCACAGAGAUUCCUGGAGUUGAUGAGGAAUAAAUCUUGGGGGGUGAUUGGUGAUUCAAUUUCACGCAACCAUGCCGAAUCACUGCUGUGCAUGCUUUCAACGGUUGAAGAAGCUGUGGAAGUUUACCAUGACAAGGAAUUCCGAUCCAAGACAUGGAAAUUCCCUACCUACAACUUCACCCUAGCAAACAUUUGGGCGCCCUUCCUGGUAGAGGCAGCGAUAUUCGAAGACUACAACGGCGUCUCAACAAAAGAAGUCCAGUUGCAGCUCGACAAACUCGACAAGAGCUGGGUAGAUGCUUACCCGAGCUUCGACUAUGCCAUAAUCUCGACUGGGAAAUGGUUCCUCAAAGCUGCAGUCUACCACGAGAACAACACCGUGGUCGGCUGCCAUUUCUGCCCGGCUGGUAAGAACCUGACCGAGACAGGAUUCGUCUUCGCAUACGAGAAAGCCCUCAGCUUCGCGAUGAGCACCAUUUUGAAGUCGAAGCACAAGGGACAGAUAUUCUUCAGGACAUCCACUCCGGACCAUUUCCAGGAGGGGGAGUGGCACAACGGAGGGACGUGCCAACAGACUGCACCGGCGAAAGAAGGGGAGUUUGAGUUGAAGGAAGUGAACAAGAUCCUGCGAAAGGUGGAGUUGACCGAGUUCGAGAAGGCCUCCGCCAAAGCAGCUGAAUCCGGGGUGAACCUCAAGCUCGUCGACUUCACUAAUCUGUUGUUGACGAGGCCUGAUGGCCACCCAGAUGCAUACAGAAAUUUCCAACCAUUUGCUAAAGACAAGAACGCGACGGUUCAGAAUGACUGCCUGCACUGGUGCUUGCCUGGUCCGAUCGAUUACUUGAACGAUGUGCUCAUGGAGAUGGUGGUAAAUGGUUGAAUGAACGAUUCUUUAUUGAGUUUUCAUUUUUUGACAACUAUUCUUUCUGGGAGCUGUUUCAUUUGUAUAAUCAAAGAUGAAGAGCAGCUUCAUUCAAGAUCCAGUUUUCAAAUGUAUAGCUGCUGCCCAGAAGUUGUCUGUUCUGGGUGUUCAAAGUUCGCAUUUUUUUUUGCACAGGCUUCAGCUUUUUUGUGAUUAAUUAUAGAGGAAAGUAUAGUUAUAUGGUUGUAAUCUUCUUGACAGUGGCUGUUACUUUGAAUGUAAUGCUUUUGACUUUUUGAACAAGAUGCCUGCAUUGUUACAUUCCAAGCAGAUUUUGAUUCUUCAAGCAAACAAGGCAGCUUUAGGGCCUGUUUGGUCCAUGGGCUUCUGGAGUCUAUUCCUUGUCGAGCCGGACUCUUGUUUGGCAGCCCAUUGGGCCUUGGUUGAUGUUUUGACAGUCAAUGGCCUACGCUCAUGGUCAUUUGAAUU